AUACAUAUCUCCCCUACCGAGAAAAGUAGACUCUUCCUCUUGCAGGAUGUUAUGUUUGAAGUUCAUUGCCAGACCAAUAUCAGCUGAUAGGGGUUUGGUAAUCUAUUGAGAACCACCCCAGGAGCCCUGAUACACCCUAGGGCUAAAGAAACUUCAAACAGUUUGAUUAUUCACAGAAAGUCACCGAAAUGUUGACAUCUUAAAUUUUUCAAAAUUCACACCUUGAUGGCAAUGACAGAAAACAGCUGAUUUAUAAAAUCAUAGUGAAAUUCUAUUUCCUUGGAUAUGGCUUGUUUAGUUCAAAAUACAAACUCAGUUGAUUCUAGCAGUAGUUCCAGUUGGUCCCCCCUAUAUGGGGGUGGGGCACAUCUAGAUCAAGAGGCUAUACAGUACAUCCAUAAGUUUUAUUGUAAAGACUGUAGGAUGGAAGCAGAGAAAGCUAAAGCUGCUGCAGCCGAUGGGACAACACCAAAGUUAAACGGAGAAGAAGAAAAACCAACAAGUCCACAGUCAACAUUAGAGGAAAUGUCAUUACAACAAAGCAUGGAUAAAAAUAAAGAAUCAUUGAAGCGAAAAUUGAUGAUGAGAAGAUCUGUAACUGAACUUGUAGACCAAGGCAUAUAUCCACCUUUGAAAACCCCACCAGCAUUUGCAGAACAGAGAAAAUCAUUAGAAAGAGCUAAGACAGGGGACUUGUUACGAUAUAAAAUCUCCCACAGACCAGACAGACAACAAUUGGUACAGCAACACAUUCUAGAAGAUACCACUAUAGACCCAUCUCUACAUGAGCGACAACGUUUAUUGAAGCGUGCUCGACUUGUAGAUGAUCUUAACGUCAAAUUAAAUCACAGACCAGGACCUCUGGAUCUUAUGAAGGGAAAUAUUUUAAAAACUGAAGAUGAAAAGUUUAUGGAAGCUCUUCAAGAUGGAACAUUGCCAUUUCUACCAAACGAUGAUGACCAUCCAUUCACAUUUGAUGAUGACAGUAACACAAGUGAAGGAGCCUACUCCCCAUCCCAGGGGGAUGAUUCUGGAAUGUCAGAUAUUGGUAGUCCUCCAAUUAUUCCUCCAGCACCUAGUCCACCCCAUCAAAACAAAGCACAAAAACUUUUCCAAUCCAAUUUGGCAAAAUUGCCAGUUGUAACGACACAAACAUUUAGUAUAACUAAUUCAAAUAAUAUUACUAGUGGAGGGAACUAUUCAAUUGCUCAAGUGAAAAAUGGCAACUCAAAUUAUGUGACCAAAGUGCGGCCAAAAAAAUCUAACCGACCAAAAACUCAGACAAAAUCUAAAGUAAUCAAAUUCCAUGAAUACAAAGGACCUCCUAAUGUUGUGAAAAGUACUAAUCCUGCAUCAACAUCGACCACACAGCAGCAGCAACAACAAGUACAACAACAACAACAACAACAAAUACAACAGCAACAACAACAACUGCUACAAGAUAAAUCGGAUACACCAUAUCAUAUCUUACUUCAGCAGCAGCAGUUGUUUCUGCAGUGGCAGUUAGAAUUCAAUGGUAAUAAUUUGAAUUUGAACAAACUUGACAAACUGCCACCCGGUGUUGUCAUGUCAACAGGAUCACCAUCAUCAGUCACGGUGACAUCACCAACACCAAUGAGUGCAAAUCAAGGACAUUUUCAAACAGUGACACAACAAACAAUAACAUCACCACUUAGUGUAAGUCAGCCUCACUUGGUAUCACAAGCCAAUAUUAUGACAUCAAUAUCACCAUCACCAUCAUCAAUACAGACUAAGAUGGUGUCACCAACAGUUGUUCAAUCAUCACAAUCACCAAUAUGUCAGCCACAAGUUCAACUGAACGCUAGUAAACCAGUUGCUACAAAAGUUAUACCACACAAACCCUUGGCCAAUUUGGAAGAUAUGAAAGUGGCUGAUUUGAAAGCUGAACUUAAAAAGCGUAAUUUACCGGUGUCUGGACCUAAACCACAGUUGAUUGAAAGGCUAAAGCCAUAUGCAGAUACUAUUAUCACAAACAGUUUAAAUAUUGCCUCUAAAAAUAUGUCAGCAUUGUCAAAACUACCUGUUCAGGCAAUCGUUAAUGUGAAAAAAUUCCCCAUUAUUAAAUCUGAUGAUGUGUCAAUGAGUAAUAGCUCUCCAACAUCACCUCGUACUCUGGAAUCAUUUAUGCCUUUAUCACCAGAAAUAAUGGAGAUGGUCACCUCACCUCAAGGCUUAGGUCCACAACAACAAAAUAACAUUAUUCAUAAUUCUGUGCCUAUGACAGUGGAUAAUUCACGGCCACCGUCUGUGGCACCAAUGGACAUGGCAAUGGAAGUUGAUUCGACACCUGAUCCAUCCAAUAUCAUCCAGCAGAGUUUUAAUCAAAGUAGCUUAUCUCCAUCACCAUCGACAAUAACUCUUGUCACAUCACCAACACAACAACAACAGGUUCAUUUAAUCCAGGCACCACUGGAUCAACAACAAAUCCAGAUCAUACAACCUCAGACACCACCUGCACCCAAAAAUGGAGAAGCAUUAUCACCAGAACAACUAAUUAGGGAAGAAAUGCUGCAGCAACAAAGACAUAAAAUAUCUGAACUCCAGAGACAACUCGAGGAUUCUCAACGAAGGUUAAAACUACAACAGAUGCAACAUCAACACUUGCAGCAACAACAGCAGCAGUUAAAUGUACUUCAACAACAGACAGCUCAAUUAAAUCACCUUCAACAACAGACCCAGCUGUUACAACAACCAACAUCACCCCCUCAAAUAGUCAGUUCACAGAUGUUGCAACAACCAAUUUCACCCCCACUGGUAGUAAACUCAAACAUGUCACCACAGCCAGUUACUAGUCCACUGACUGUCAAAACAAGUUUAAUUCAGCCAAGGUCGCCACCACAGACUGUUAACAUUUCUCCCGGUAAUCAUCAGAUAUUGUCAGUAUCUCAACCAGAAGGAACAACCACUAUAUUACAGAUUCCUCUGAAUGCCUUACAGAAUGCUACAAGGUUAACAACAGUAGAUGCUUUGAAGGCUGUCAAUACAUCAGUACAGCCUAACGUUAUAAAUAAUCAUGUUCCUAAAGUGUCGAUGACAAACCUGUUUAGUAACCAGGUGUUGCAUCAGAGUCUGAACAUGGGUACACCGGGAACCAGUCUGUCUUCAUUGAUCAACAUUCAGCCAAUACAAACAACAGCAGGAAAGACGUUCAAUCUACCACCACUGAAUGGACUUUCACAACAGCAGCAUAGAGCCAUUUCUGUGCCAUCGUCACCUGUGGAAGGAAAGGCUAAUAUCACCAGAGCCAAAUCUAAUCCCUUCUUUAUUCCCUCAAAGGAGCCACCGAGAUAUGAUGAGGCUGUUAAAAACAUGCAUAACCUUGCUCAGGGUGGACUUGCAAUAAAGUCAGAACCUGGUGUUUCCUCUGCCUCUACACAGGCAAUGACCAAGAGCAUCAGUACACCAAUCAUAAAGAGCCAGGCUAUGGAUGAUGUACUAGAAAUAUUGAUUAGACAUGGAGAACUACCUCCAAGUGCUGCCCAGGAACCUCCUCCAACACCAAAGACCACAGCUCAAAGUUUGUCUACAUCCACAGUAAAUAGUGCCACAAGUUCCUAUGGAGGACUUACUUCUAGUGCUGCAGGACAGUUCCCACAAUUCACAAUGACACUAGCUUCAACAAUGCCAACAACAUCAACGACCAGUGCGACUGAUGUGGUGUCAUCAUUAUUGAAUGGUUCACCGUCAUAUUCUAUAAUAAAAAGUGAACCAAUCACACCGCCAUGUUCGGUUGCUAUGACAACUACAACAGACCAUUUUAAUUCUGAUAUAUUAGACAUAAAUGAAAUGCUAAAUCAAGACCUAAGUUCUAUGGAUUGGACAUCAGAUUCACCAUUUACACAGUUAGACUUAAAUGAAGGAACUUGCCUUCCAUCAGAAUUAGAUAAAAAUAACCAAUCAGAAGACUUUUUACAUGUACCUCAAGGAAUUAAUGGUAUGAAACAAGGAACAGUGCAUGGUUCUGAACCUGACAUAGCUGCCCUUGGAAUCAAUGACUUAGAAAAUUCUCAGAACAUAAACAUGCAGAUGGAUGUUUCUGAUUGGUUAGAUGUGAUCAUGCCCAGUACAGGGCUAACCCCUUUGAGUGCCAAUGCACCUGUUGCAUUUCCGUCAGACCCUAUACUUACUCCUAAGACACAACAAGAAGUUUUAGACUUGUUUAACUUUGAAGAUACAGACUUUAGCCAAACAGACAUGCAGAGUGGUAUAAAUUGGGAGAAAUUGACUGAAACAAAUAUUAAUUAGUGAAUUGUGGAGUAUUUAAUCUCGUUUUGUAGGUUGCAAUUUAAAUUUUUUAUUGUUGCUUUUUUUGCAGCUUUGGACCAAUUAAGUGCAAUGGGAGACAUAAUGAUAAGAAGAUUUCCUAAGCUUAUCUUGCAGUGCUAUGUUUUGUUGUUGAAUUGAAUUUUUAUUGUAUUUAUUGUUCAGAUUUUAUAUUUAUUCUAUUACAGCUCUGAGUUCUCUUUGAGGUCAGAAUCCAUGGCUAUAUCAUGGGUUAAAUGUAGGAUACUAAUCAAAAUAAACAUGUUCUUGUAGAAAUAAAAAAUAAAUUUAGAUUUUGACAAGAUAUAAUGAUUGACAAUUUUGCUUGUUAAAAUAUUGUAUUUUUCUCUUUACAUAAGUGAUACAAUUUUGAUAUAGUUUAUCAUAUUUUCAAGACACUUAAACUUUUGAAGAAAAAAUUCUAUUAAUUUUUAAUCAUGAUUUGAUCCACAGAAUUUGACCUGAGGGAGAAAAUCGGAAGCUGUAUUCUGUGUGGUCCAAUUUGUAUAUAAUAUCUUAUAUUUAUGAGUGGGAGUGUCCUGCUAAAAUGCUGACAAAAGUUUUGUUAUGUGUUUUGGGUCCAUUCUUAUCGGAUUGUUCAUAUUAUUGCAUUUUGAUUUUUACUUUUGUAACAAAACUUUUGUGAUCGAGCUUUUUCCCUUAUCAUUAAUUUAUUCAUUGUUUCAUCAUCAAUGUAUUUUUCUAUGAGCAUUCCAUCACAGUUAUAACAAAAAUACCUUAAGUUGAGCUGAGUUGAGUGUGUAUUUCUUAAAUGAUCUAAUUAAACUUCUCCAGUUCUUUUUAAUGGUUUUACAAGCCAUAUUGAAUGAAAAAAGGCAUUUAUUUGGAAGUACAUGUAUAUGACUUUUUUAAAUAAAAAAAAUAUUGGGAAAAUAAAAGUUAUUUUUCAAAAAUAUUGGUAAAGAGUUUGUACUGAAAUUACUUGCAUUUAAGAUUUGAUUACUCAUCUUUACAUCCAAAUAACUGUUUUGAAUUUUUUUUUAAAUAAUGAUUUUUUUUGCCUGUGAUGAAAGUUGCCAAAGAGAGACAUAGGUAUGCUGUUUAUAAAUUGUUGGUUAAUUUUCUUGAUCAUAUACAUGAUUUUUAGAAAAUUUAAUGAAAUACACCUUCAACUUUGUUUAAACUUAUUUCUUUUUUUGGGUUAUGGUAACUUUCUUCCAUCAGCAAGGUGGCCAUACCAGAUAUAUAAAUUAAGUGGGGACCAUUAAUAUAAUAUAAAAUGUACCAAAGUAAUAAUUAUGUUGGUCAGGUAUUGACCGCAUGUUGAGGGCACAUAAAAUGACCAUUCUAUAAAGUUACUAAAUUUAGAAUAGGAAAGUAUGUGUGAGGGAAUGUGAAAGUAGGCAGUUUACUUAGUUAUCUGUAAACAUACAUUUACCAUAUAGACAAAUGUACAAAAUUUUCAAGUCCAAAAAUUGAGUUCUAUAUCAAUAUGGUAAAAGUUUCUGUAAUAAAAGUAUAACGACAAUACUGAAAACAGAUCUAUGUUUUAAAAUAGAAACUCCAAUGUUGAUAUAUUAUAUUAUGUUCUUUAUUUAUCAAAAAAUAAAAACGCAAAAUUUACUUUAUUUUCAAUUAAACUAACGAACAGCAGCUAUGAAUCAUAAUUUAUUUAAGUUUGCAUGUAUAGAAAAUGAAUUUGGAAACAUAGUUGAACUUUAACACUCUUUUACAUUUUAUUUAUUCUUUAAAUUGUUAAAAGUUGAAUUUUAAUAGAACUUUUGCCCUAUUGUGACCAAUUACAGAUAACUAGGUAUAUAGAUUAGUGUAGAUUAGAUAAUGAAUGAGUGGUUGCCGUAGUCAGGAAAACAAUGCUCAGUAUAGCUACUAAACAUUCCCCAAAACUGGUAUCACCACUUUGCCAUCAGUCUUCUUUGUAGAAUUUCAUUCCAUUUUGGUUCCUGAUUAAUAAGUAGGUCGAUAGAACGCAGAUUGGAUUUUUUAAAGGUUUUCUUGCCAAAAUUAAUAAGGCCAUUUUCUACUUACAUUCUGUUUUUGGUUUGAAUCCAUAAAAAUAGAGAUUAGUUAUGUAUAAA